AUGGCGUCGCGUCGUCACCUGCAGCACGCGGUCCCCGUGCCCGCCAUCCGCCGCCUGCUCGCCGCGUCCACCGCGCCGGUGGUUCCGCAGGCUGCGCCCGCAGCGGCAGCGGCGGCGCUGCAUGUUCAGGCGGCUGGCGGACACGCGGUGAAUGCGCAAGCUAAGGAGAUCCGAUCCGCAUCGUACACCACCAGCAGCAUCAGCUCCCCGCUCAUCCCCGCUUCCGCCCGUUCCGCCUCCGCCGCCAAGCCUUCCGCUCUGCUCGAUUCCCGCGCGCCAUCCGCACACCAUGCGUCUGUGUCGCUGCCGGGGAUGUCCUUCCGCUGGAACUCUGCGCGCAAAUUCUCCGCCGCCGCCGCCGCCGCCUCCGCCUUUCCGCCCCACCAACCCGUCGCCAUGCCGUCGCUCUCCCCCACCAUGACGCAGGGCAACAUCGCCAAGUGGUGCAAGGCGGAGGGCGAGCAGGUGAACGCGGGCGACGUGCUGUGCGAGAUCGAGACGGACAAGGCGACGCUAUCAAUGGAGAGCAUGGAGGACGGCUUCCUCGCCAAAAUCCUCAUGCCCGAGGGCUCCAAGGACAUCCCCGUCGGCACUGUGAGUCACACACAGUCACAGCCAGUCAACGCCAGUCAACUCCAGGCUUACCCUCUCCCCUCGUCCUUCACAUGUCCUUGCCUCCAACAAUCCCCUCCCAUCAUUCUUCCCCUUUAUCGCGCGCAGCUGAUAGCAGUGAUGGUGGAGGACAACACCGAGCUCGCCAAAUUCGCAUCCUUCACUGCUGCUGACGCCGGUGCCUCCGCGCCCCCUGCCGCUGCUGCCCCGGCCGCUCCCUCCGACGCUGGCUCGUCCACACCCCCAUCAGGUGCACGGGAGAAGAGAGGGGCUAGAGGUGAUUUGCCACCCUUCCAUUCGCUCGCCAUGCCAUCGCUCUCCCCUACCAUGACCCAGGGCAACAUAGUGCGGUGGCGCAAGUCAGUGGGCGACGCGUUGGCAGCGGGGGAGGUGCUGUGCGAGAUCGAGACGGACAAGGCGACCCUGGAGAUGGAGGCCAUGGACGACGGCUUCCUCGCGUCCAUCCUCGUGCACGCCGGCGCCAAGGACGUUGCCGUCGGCACGCCCAUCGCCGUGAUAGUGGAUGACUCAGAGAGUGUCCCCAAGUUUGCCAACUACACGCCACCCUCCACGCCCGCUGCUGCUGCUGCCGCCCCCGCUGCUGCUGCUGCUGCUGCUGCUGCUGCUGCUGCUGCCCCGGCUUCGCCUUCCCCCCCGCCUGCUGCACCAGCGGCGCCAGCAGCGGCUGCCGCGCCCCCUCCCCCUCCCCCUGCGCGGGCAGAGGGCGCGAGGGUGUUUGCUAGCCCUGCUGCGCGCAAACUGGCUGCAGAACACAAGGUGGACAUGGCAUUGGUGGCAGGGUCGGGUCCCAACGGCCGUGUGCUGAAGGAGGACGUGGAGGCCUUCCUCUCGCAGCCGCGCCCUGUCGCUGCUGCUGCCCCCUCCACUGCACCUGCUGCUGCCGGUGCUCCCGCUGCUGCUGCUCCUCCCGCAGCAGCCAUGUCAGCCAGUGUGGACGAGCUCAGGAAGCGAGUGGCGGAGCAGAUGCAGCUGUCCAUUCAGACCGUGCCACACUUCUACCUUUCUGCUGACGCUCCCCUCAAUGCUGCCGCCAAGGUGUUGGAGCAGCUGAAUGCAGCAUCUGAUGUGCAGGUCACCUCUACCGCUCUACUCAUCAAGGCUGCAGCGCUGGCUUCCAAGAAGGUUCCUGCAUGCAACAGCUCCUGGGGUGGAGAGUUCAUUCGCGAGUACUCCGAUGUGAAUGUGGCGAUCGCUGUCUCCACACCUGACGGCACUUUGUACCCCGUCAUCAAGGCGGCCAACACCAAGGGCCUGGCCCAGAUCGCAUCGGAGAUCAACCGCCUCUCCACUGCAGCUGCGGAGAAGACUCUCUCCGAAGCUGACCUCCAGGGUGCAACAUUCACAGUGUCGGAUGUGAGUGGAGCAGGCCUCAAGUCUCUCUCCGCCAUCAUCCACCCCCCCCAGUCCUGCUUCCUCACCAUCGGCUCUGCGCAAGAAAGGGUGGUGCCAGGAGCAGCAGAGGGGGAGUUCGCGGUGCAGCCCUUCGCUACAGUCACUCUCAGCUGCGACCACCGCGUUGUCGACGGGGCGGUGGGAGCGCAAUGGAUGGGCGAGUUCAAGUCGUUGCUCUCCAACCCCAUCACCUUGCUCCUCUAG